AGAAGAAGAAGAAGAAGAAGAAGAAGACUCAGUUCAGAGCAGAAACGCUCAGCAGAGAUCACUGUGGGGAGAACAGAGCAGGAAAGCGACACAGAAAGAGUGUAAAGUUUGUCCUGUGGAGGGAGAGACUGACUGCAUCACAUCAGGAUGUUUGUUCUCAUCUGGGCGAUUCUGCUUUUCACUGUGACAGGCAGCAGUACAGAAAUGGAUGCAUCAGUGGGGUUAACAACACGCUGUGUUAAAGGAUUCUGUAUCACUCUUAGUGAAGCAGAAAUAACAGCAGAGGCUGGACUCUGUGUUGUAAUACCAUGUUCUUUCAGUACAACUUCAGGCUUUACACCCCAACACUUAGUUUGGUACAAAUGUGAACCAUUGAAAUCAAGAUGUGGCGAUUCUGACAUUGUAUUCCACACCAACAAGAAGAACAACAUUCAGUCCAGGUUUAUGGGACGGAUUUCACUGUUGGAGCCUGAAGUGAGUCAGAAGAACUGCAGCAUCAUCAUCAACGACCUCACUGUGUCAGACUCUGGAUCAUAUCAGCUCAGAGUUAAUGGUGUUAGGAAUGAUGGGAACACAGAUGGAUAUGCAUUCACUACAAAAUCAGCUGUCUCUGUUAAAGGUCUGAUCCAGAAGCCCACAGUGGUGAUUCCUCCUCUGGCAGAGGGACAGCAGACCACACUGAGCUGCACUGCUCCUGGUCUCUGUUCUGGAUCUGAUCCCAAAAUCACCUGGACGUGGAGAGGAGCAGGAGAGAAGGACUCUCACAUCACAGGAAACCUCACUGCUUUCAAGACUGAACACCUGACUGCUGUCACACAGAGACUCAGCUCAACUCUGACCUUUAACUCUUCAGCUGAACACCACGGCACCAACGUUACCUGUAAGGUCAGCUUCACAAACAACAUCACUGCAGAGGAGACAUUGACUCUGAAUGUGACCUAUGUGAAGGAACUUAAAAUGAAUGGGAUUAAGAGUGUGAAGGAGGGUGACACUCUGAAUUUGACCUGCAGUGUUGAAAGCUUUCCUCCAUCUCUCAUCGUGUGGACUAAAUCUUCUGACAAAAACAUGCAAAAUGGAACAGAAACAAAUCUGCAGAAUGGCACAGAGACCUUCCUGAAGGAAGAAAGUGGAUUGGCCAUUUUGUCCAUUUCUAACGUGACAAAAGAAGAUUCUGGACUGUACAUCUGCACAGCAAAAUAUCUGAACAACACACUGAUGGGAAAAGUUGUAGAUGUAAAGGUCGUGUAUAUGAGGAACAUUGUAAUCACAGGGAAUACAGCUGUUGAGGUGGGAGACGCUCUGAAUUUAACCUGCAGUGUUGAAAGCUUUCCUCCAUCUCAUAUCACAUGGACCAACACACACCUGUACAACGGACCCGCUACUAACCUGCAGAGCAACACUGGAUCAGCCACACUUGUCAUCCCGAAUGUGAAGACAGAAUAUUCUGCACGGUACAUCUGUACAGCACAACACCUGAACACGACUGUGACGACAUACGCUGAAGUAACAGUGAUUUUGUUUUCAAAGAUCUUAAAAAACUCUGGCUGUGUGGUUCAGUCGGAGGUCCUGAAUUGUGUGUGUAUCACUGAAGGCUUUCCUUUACCCACCAUCACAUGGCCGCUGUUGAAGAAACACACAGAGUACUCUGUCAUUACAUCUGUGUCAAACCACACAGUCAACAGCACCGUCAUCCUACCUGCAAAAGACCUCAGCAACACUUCCGUUGAGUGUGUCAGCAGCAAUGGACAUGGGGAAGCAAAACAAACCUUCACCAUCCUAAGAUCCAACACGUCGGAACAAGCGGGUAAAUCCAAUGAAAUAUUAAACAUUGUUUCACGGCUGGAAGUCAUCAUUGCCUUUUUGAUUGGGAUACUUCUUUCAGCAGUCCUUUGCUGUGUGGCCACACAAUGCCUCAGAAAAAAUAAGAAGAACUCUGUAAAACUGGAUGAGACUCUGGAGAUGGUGACCAGCGAAGAGGAUCCACUGGUGUUGUGUCUCACAGCCAAGCAGCUGAUAGGAGCCACUGAGGAUGAAGCAGCUGUUGCCGGAAAGCUCAAGCAAGCACAACUUCUGUGCUCUGACUGAACGUACCGGGAGAGAGAGGUGUCGGGACCCUUUGUGUAGCUUUGCAGUGCAAUACAGACUGGUCUGAUUAACAUUAAUUUUACUAUGAUAAAAGCAAAUACUACAAUCAUGAGAAGUCAUCUGUUCGAGGCAAAGACACAAAAACUACUUCUGCAAAAUUGCAUUGUUCAUAUUUGCCUGUUUAGGCACAAUGUUCGCAGCCUCCGCUGUCACUGCAGGGACAAUAAUCUUUCAUCUGCAUCGUGUGUUGACAUGAACAGUGUUUCUGUUCAUCUUUAUUCUCUAUGCCUUUAUAAAAAAAAAAAUGUAAUUAAUGAAUGGCAUUUUAAUGCUAUUAAAUAUGCCUUAUCAUUAAAAAUAAAAAGACUGGUAAAAAUA